CAGAAAUGGCCGAACCAAUGGUGUCAUUUCUUGUGGAAUGCAUCGGCAAAUUGUUCAUGGAAGAAGGGAAGCUCUUAACUGGGGUGAGCAAUGAAGCUGACCGGCUUCAGUCCGAACUUAAAAUCAUUAGGGCAAUUUGCCGAAAGAUGCCGAUGAAAGGCAACAUGAGGAUGCAGGUGCACUCGUGAAGGACUGGAUUUCGCAGAGUAAGGAUUUAGCCUAUGAAGUAGAAAACAUCUUGGAAGACUAUGCUUUCAAACUUGCAUCAAGAAUCAGCAAAAAAAAAAGGAACCAGUGCUGUUGCGAAACGCAUUUUUACUUCAUACCCCCCCAAAAAUGAUUGAUCAAUUGAAGAUUUUUCAUUUACUUACUGACAAAUUGAGAGCAAGCUCUUUGAUACAUCAUGGAUUAGUCUUUUUUUUUUUUUUUUUUGUGAUGGUGAAUGUAAAAUCUACGUUUACUUACUGUAGUGC